AUGCAGGAGCUAGUCUUACAACUUCCCAACUUUAGCAAACCAUUUGAAGUAUACACAGAUGCUUCAGAAAUGAUCAUCGGAGGAGAGAAAGUUAAAUGACACAGAGCAACAGCAACGGUACUUAGUGCAUGAGAAGGGGAUGACAGCAGUGGUCCAUUGUUUGCGAGUGUGGAGGCAUUACUUACUUGACCAACACUUCACCAUCUAUACUAACAAUGUGGCAACAAGUUGUUUCAACUACUAGAAAAAAUUAUCACUUAAAUAAGCAAGAUGACAAGACCUUUUAGUAGAGUAUAACUUCACACGUAAAUAUAAACUAGGAUAGACCAACGUGGUUGCCGAUGUACUGAGCCGUCAAGGAGCCAUAGUAGAAAUAACUACAUUAUUAGUAAGUGUAGAAAAUCUUUUGGAUGAAAUUCGGGUAGCAUAUAAUACGGACCUCACCAUUAAAUAA